ACAAAACACAUGCCUGUAAUGGGUAGAAUGUUAUUAUUAAACGACAUUAUCACUAACUCAUGUUGCUUCAACGUGCUUUCCUCUCGAAUCUCUCUGCCCUUUUUAUCUCAUCAUCCUCACUCUCACUCUCACACUCUUGGUCCAAGUCUCCUCACUGUCGGCACUUCGGUUUCUAUCUCAGCUAAACAACUGUCCACAUCUCUAGCCAUGGAUAGUUCUAAGGCUGACACCCCUAAGGAAAUUCCCUCGGGGUUAGACUCAUCCACUGAAGAAGAAUAUGCUUCCCAAUCCAAGUUGCUUCAAGAGUUUGUUAAUAUCUCUACCAUUGACAAGGCGUGGACUUUUAAGUCGGGCAAUGGAAUAGGCACACAGGCAAUUUUUUCAAUUAGCCAACCAAAUCUUUUGGCUAACAAGAAGAGGAAGUUUAUGCUAUCUACUGCUAUUUCAAAGGAAAAUAGUAAUUCUGUAAACUUUCAAUGGGCCCCAUUUCCUGUUGAGAUGACAGGUGCAUCUACAAUUGUUCCAUCACCUUCAGGUUCAAAGCUUCUUGUAGUAAGGAAUCCAGAAAAUGAAUCUCCUACUCAUCUUGAAAUCUGGAGUCAAUCUCAGUUGGAAAAGGAAUUCCAAAUCCCUCAAACUGUGCAUGGCUCUGUAUACGUUGAUGGAUGGUUUGAGGGAAUAUCUUGGAACUCUGAUGAAACUCUUAUUGCUUAUGUUGCCGAGGAACCAUCUCCUCCAAAGCCAACAUUUAGUAUGGGCUACCAGAAAGCUGGUUCCUCGGAUAAGGAUUGUGGUACCUGGAAGGGUCAAGGUGAUUGGGAGGAGGAUUGGGGAGAAACCUAUGCGGGAAAGAGGCAGCCUUCUCUUUUCUUAAUCAACUUUGACAGUGGAGAAGUACAAGCUGUAAAAGGAAUUCCAAAAUCUUUGAGCGUUGGGCAAGUUGUGUGGGCUCCAUCAACUGAAGGCUUGUCCCAAUUAUUGGUUUUUGUUGGGUGGCCAUCAGAUUCAAGAAAGCUUGGUAUAAAAUAUUGCUACAAUAGGGCAUGUGCAUUAUAUGCAUCCGUCAUCAACUUUACAAAUCAGAAGGCAGAUAGCUCCUGUAAAGAUUUUCCUGUGGUUAACUUAACUCAAACCAUCAGCAGUGCCUUCUUUCCACGAUUCAGUCCAAUGGAAAGGUCCCUUGUGUUUUUAUCUGCAAAUGUUCUGUGGACUCUGUGCGCAUUGUGCAACAAAUUCACUUCACAGAAUUUGAUUGGUGCCGCCAAUGGAAAGCCGUCUACAUCUGAUAAAAUUAUUGAUGUGAUUUCCAUCGUGCAGUGUGCAAAGGAUGAUUGCUUCCCAGGGCUUUAUUGUUCAGAUAUCCUAAGUAAUCCAUGGCUUUCUGAUAGAUGCACUAUGAUUUUAUCUUCCACCUGGGUAUUAGUCAAUAUGAUAAAAAUUCCAGUGAAGGAUGUUUCUGCUAACCUAACAGAAGGUGCCAAAAAACCGUUUGAAGCUAUAUCGUCUUCUUUAAUUAAGAGAGAUAGCGGCUGUGAUCCACUAAUUGCAGUCCUUCAUGGGGGCCACAUUCUGUCUCUGUCAAGCUUUUCAAAGUCCUGGCUUUUCUCUCUCAAUUGUUUCGACUUGUUGAUAAUAAAUUACAGAGGGUCAGUGGGAUUCGGUGAAGAAGCAUUGCAAUCGCUUCCAGGGAAAGUUGGAUCCCAGGAUGUAAAUGAUGUACUCACUGCUAUAGAUCAUGUUAUUGAUAUGGAACUUGCUAGCUCCUCUAAAAUAACUGUGCUUGGCGGCUCCCAUGGUGGCUUUCUAACUAGUCACUUGAUUGGCCAGGCACCGGAUAUGUUUGUUGCAGCUGCUGUAAGGAAUCCUGUUUGCAAUCUUGCACUGAUGGUUGGUACAACAGAUAUCCCUGAAUGGUGUUAUGUGGAAUCUUAUGGAAGCAAGGGGAAAGAUAGCUUUACAGACUCACCUUCAGCUGAGCAUUUGACUCUCUUUUACAGCAAGUCUCCUAUAUCACACGUCUCAAAGGUCAAAACACCGACCCUCUUUCUUUUAGGUGCUCAGGAUCUCCGUGUUCCAUUUUCUAAUGGCUUGCAAUGCGCACGGGCACUAAAGGAGAAAGGAGUCGAAACCAAAGUCAUUUUGUUUCCCAAGGAUGUUCAUGCAAUUGAAAGGCCACAGUCGGACUUUGAAAGCUUCCUCAAUAUUGGAGUGUGGUUCAAGAAGUAUUGUAAAUGAGCAGGCAUUUGACUUAUCUCAUGCGUUGCUGAUCUGUGCGGGAUGAAUAA